AAGACAAGAAGAGAGGCAGGAAGCUGGUCUCCAAGAGGACAAUGAUACAACUCAAAGGAAGUCUGUGGAGAUACUAAACCAAGUUAGAGGAGUAGAAGAAGAAAAGCAGGCAGAGCAACAACUGGAUGUAAAGGUAAAAGUCAGAGAGCAAAGAGAGGAAUCUAAAGAGGGGGUAAUGGUGGAGGAUAAUGGAAGAGGGGAGGAGAGUUUAGAGACUGACAGAAAAGCUUCUGUUGAUGAAACCCAAAGGAAGGCUGAGGGGAAAGAAAACCAAAGAAGAAGAAGAAGAAGAAAAAGAAGAGAAGAAGCAGCCAGACAAGCAGCUGCACGCAGACGAAAAGCUCAGCGUAAAGCUAAAGGAAUCACAAAGGAGAUCAAAGUAGAGGGGACAGACGGAGAAGCUGACACAUAUGAAACCCAAAAGAAGCGCAAGAGGAUAACAUCAGAAUCUAAAGGAGGAGAACAACAGCUGAUGCUGCAACAUUCAGACAUGAAUAAAGAAAUGAGAGAGAGAGGAGUGGAGGGUCAGGAGGACCUGCAGCAGGAGGAGGACAUGGAGACUUAUCAACCUCAACCAAAUGUCAUACGUGUUGAACCAUUCAAUACAACAUUUCAUUAUGAAUCAGCUGCAGAGGGACAGAGUAAGGAGGCUUUUGGUAGAGGACAGAAAGAGGUGCAGACCCAAAACAUAAACACUGAUCAGAAGAUGGAGGAGACAACAACUGAGAUAAACCAAAGAAAGAGAAAAAGCUUAAGAGAAAAGGAGGCUCUGGAGCAAGAGGACAGUAAAAGGAGAAAGGUAUGAAACUGAAGUCAGAUCGAGAGACGUUGGAGAUAUGCUUCAGUCAGAGACAAAGAAAGGAGA